GUAGUCUGACCUGGGCAAGUGAAGAUGAGCGGUAUCUUCUUUUCCUUGUUUAGCUGCUGCCUUUUUUGGCACCAGAAGAGUAAUGUUUGGGAAGCAGAUGGCACUAUCAUCUUUAAUUUUCUUCCUCAGUGCACCAGCUACUUUGUUCUGCCUCGCCUGUGAUGUCUAAUGACAAAGGAAAGAAAACCCUCUUCUUGCUCUGUUGGAACUGGAUGAAGAUAAAGUAUGGAUAUGGGUAACCAACAUCCUUCCAUUAAGAGGCUACAAGAAAUACAGAAAGAAGUCAAAGAGUUUGAGUCACAAGUAAUAUCCUUCAGUGGUCUGUCUAGUGACAGAGCUUACAAGAAACUAGAGAGAGUUUUGACUAAACAACUUUUUGAAAUCGAUUCUGUGGAUGCUGAAGGCAGAGGUGAUGUUCAGCAAGCCAGGAAGAGGGCUGCCCAGGAAACUGAAAGACUGCUUAAGGAACUAGAGCAGAAUGCAAACCACCCCCAAAGGUUGGAGAUUGAAUCCCUGUUUAAUGAAGCACAAUCAUUGGUGGAACAAGAAAUCACAUCUUUUUACAAAGGAGGCAAUUGUGUAACUGAGGAAUUUGAAGAAGGUAUUCAAGAUAUCAUCUUUAGGCUCACUCAGGUGAAAACUGGAGGGAAACUCUCUCUACGGAAAGCCAGGUACCGCACUCUGACCAAAGUAUGUGCUGUUCAAGAAAUUAUAGACAGUUGUACAAAGCAGCAGCCUUCACUGCCAUUGUCCAGUGAUGCACAUCCUUCUGUCUCUAAGAUUAAUUCUGUCAUGGUUGAUGUGAACAAAGCGAAAGGGACCCUUAUUGCUGUUUUAAUGGGAGUAAAUAACAAUGAGACCUGUAGACAUUUAUCUUGCGUGCUCACUGGCCUGAUUGCUGAUCUGGAUGCCUUAGAUGUAUGUGGCCGUCCAGAAAUAAGGAACUACCGUAAAGAAGUUGUGGAGGAGAUCAAUAAAUUGCAGAAAUACCUGGAUCUUGAAGAAGAAGCUGAUGCCACUUCUGCUUAUGACUUGGCACAAAACAGGUGCAUUAUAAAAAUUGAGGAAAUCCGCACAAAGAUGAAAGAGAUUCAUGCUUCUCUUUUAAAAGUAGAGAGAGCUUCAGAUUUAUACCUGAAGUCAAAAGCAGAACUGCAAGGGUUAAUUGCACAGUUGGAUGAAGUGAGUCCAGGCAAAAAUCCUUGUAUCCGAGAAGCCAGGAGGAGAGCAGUGAUAGAAGUACAAACCCUCAUAACAUAUAUUGACUUAAAAGAAGCACUUGUCAAGCGACAAAUGUUUGCAGAGCAAACAGAAACAGAACCCGCAUCGCAUAAAGCUGUUUGGAAUAUUCUUGGAAACGUGUCCCAAAUUCAGCAAGAGGUGCUGUCUUUCGAUGGAAACAGAACUGAUAAGAACUACAUGAGACUAGAGGAGCUCCUCACCAAACAACUUCUAGCACUUGAUGCUAUAGACCCACAAGGGGAUGAGCACUCAAAAGCAGCCAGGAAGCAGGCAGUGAAGCUUGCGCAGAAUAUUCUUUACUACUUAGACAUGAAAACAGAUGAAUGGGAAUAUUAAAUAACAGAGGUCUUGUGCUGGACAUUGCUUUCUCUCUUGCAUUUUACGCCAACCAAUCUCCCAUAGACGACACAAGACCAAAAGUUUAUUUGCUCAUCACUUACAGGCCAAGUAAUGUUCGACUGAGCUAUGCUGCAGCUGUCUUGUGUUGUCGCAGUCGGGUAAUGACAGCAAUCAUGCCAUUUGUGUUAGUUUUGGUCACAGCCAUCUUUCCCCCAUGAUUUGUGAUGAAGUGUUGCAGAACUGCCAAACCAUCCUGUAUAGAAUUCUUCUACACAGUGAGAGAAUGCUAUCUGUCCAACAUGUUUUCUUUAAGGAGUCAAAGUGAAACUGAUGAAGAGAAGACAAAGAGCUAAUGUCUGUUAGCCAUAAACCACCUUAGAUGUCACAUUUUUCUGCCACUGCACGGUUACGAUCCAAAGGAUUAAAUGCAAAUUGGUCAUGGCCUUUUUUUGUAUGUGCAUUUGAUUUAGUCUCGCUGAUCUCUUGUCUAAGGUUUGGCUUGAUUACAUACAGUGUUUAAUAGUUAGGGCCUAAUAUAGGACUGUGUGUAGUAACAGUUUUUGCACUUAGGCAUAAACUGCAGGCUGCAUUUUGAAGCAAUGUACUGAUUCAUAUAGGCGUAGGUUGUGUGCAGUUACACUAUUCAUUGUGGUCAUUUUGAAAGCAGUUUUCUGUUUAUAAACCAGGGCUGACAGCAUAGGUUGGAAAAAAAUUCUAUAUGUAUGUUGUUGAAAAACCAAUAAAAUACAGUGUUUGAAGAAUUAAGCUGAAUUCUUCAAUAGUCAAGAGACAUCUCCCUUCACCCCCACCCCCAAAAAACCUGGGCUCUUAAUAGUUGUGGAACUACUUUAGCCAAAUUUUGAGAUGUCUAAAAUAACUUGCUUCCUGACACACUGGGCAGCUUCUAAAUGACUCCUUUGCAUUUUUUCUGGUUUGAAUGAAAUUAUUACAGCUUUUGGCAUGAUAAAAAAUGAAGUACCAUAAGUGCUGUUACACAUGAAUUUGGCCAGAAACCAUUGGUGUUCGUCACAGUUUCAUGUGUUGCUGGUAUGCCCCAAAUCCUUCUGGACUUAGUUCCUUUUAGUUAUUUUGGUGAGCUAUGAUAGUAUCCUUAGCUACGUGUGAUGGCAAGAUGUUUGUACUUAUAUGCCUUAGAUGUGUGUGGUCUGCUAUACUUAUAUAGUUUUGAAUCUUUCAGGCAGUUGGAAUGGCAAACACUUCAAAGUGUUUCUAUUUUUGAUUGAAGCAUAGUUGUCUAUUGUGUUAGCUGUAUUGAUAUAGUUGCAUGUAUCAUUUGGUAACUGCUGCUAUGUGUUUCUUUCUCCUUCGCCACCCCCCCAUUAACCCAAUGAAUUCCCUGAAUCCUUAGAGGAGCCUUACAACUUAUUACCUGUCAGAUCUUAUUAUGUCUGACCAUAUUCCUAAAUAAACUGAACUCAUGUUCAGUGUAGAUUGUAUGCUAUCCUGUUAGUAGUUUUGGGAAGAAGAAACCAGCAUCACUCAAAGUAUUUGUAGAGUGCAUUCUUCGUGGCAUGCAGAAUUCAUCAGUAGAUAGAAAUAAGUUGUAAAAGAAGUAACCAGAGUUUCUCAGAUAGCUUCUGUAAUCAAAAUUACUGGCUUAUGGAAGAUUAUUUAUUUGAAAUGGCUUAUAAAUGUAGAUCUUGGAUUUGUAAAUAGAGUUUCAAUAUGCAAUUAAAAGAAGCAAGGCUAUCCUUAGGAGACGUGCCUUUUUAAGCGACACUUGAAUUUACAGCACCUUAUAGCUAUGACUAGCUGGCUACACAUGCUGCUUCCCAGUGAAGUAGUCUACCCUUCAGACUGCUUCUACCCUUCAGCUCUAAUAUGGAUAAAAAAUAUUCUGCCAUAUUUGCAGGACAGAAAGCUUGUUCAAAGCUUGGUGUUACCUCUUUGUGUUUAUAGGCACUUGCUUAGCAAAUUUUUGUCAAGGAAAUUUAUGGAUUCAGUUUCAGUCUAGGUUAAAUAGAACCCAAUGCUAAACGAUAGACUUGUUGUAUGCUUCGCCAUGAAUGUCUUUCCUUUGCCCUUUUCUGCUUUUUUCUAGUUUGAGUCCUUAAUGAAUUGAUUAGCAUCUGUAACUAAAAGUAGUUCACUUUCAGUAGGUUCUUUUAGCCAUAAAGGUUUUGAACCUAAGUUGUGUGCGUAUACAGUUCCCAUGUGCCUUGGAUUCCCCAAGUCACUUUAUUUUCAAAACAUGCAUGUUUCCCCUAUUCCCCUAUGCAUACACUACUGCCCUGAUUUCAAAUUCAUUGAUGAAGCUAUUGUUUAUGUGAAAACUUCAGAUGUAUAGAACUCUCAUUGUUUAAGGAGCUCUUGGAUUCAGCUUCAGAUGGAAUGUUUACUUCAGGAGGUGACAACUAAACAAUGCUUAUUAAUGUUUCAGUAACAGAUUCAUGGUACUUAUUUUUUCUAGUGAUUGCAGCUUUCAUUUUUUUUUGUAAACAUACUUAAAUGUUCAUAUAUUACCUGCCAGGGAAAUGCUGCUCUUUAACUAUAGACUCCCAUUAUUUAUACCCAUUCCUGAGAUUUGCUUCUCAUAGUUAUGUAGCAUGUCAUAGGUGCUGAUUUAACAGAAAAUUGUAUGAUGAAGACAUAUUACAAAAGCUCAACUCCCCCGGUUUUCUUUUUAAAGAAGAAUGCCUAUUUCAUGAGUUUCAAUGUACAGCAUUUAAACUUAUGUUAAGAUCUUUGGUACAGUAUAAUUAAUCAGUUUAUGCAUGAAUCAAAAUAGUGAACUAAACAAGCUAAACCAAAAAGUCUGUUAAUGUGGAUUGUAAGAAAUCCUUGUUUUGUGCUUUGAAGAAUGUACUUUUUGUAUUCAAUAUGCAACCAGGCUAGGAAAUAUGCUUCUUUCCAUUUCAGUGGGCUAAAGAUGUUUCCUGCUUUUGAAUUACUCAGUACUGGACCAACUCAGUCUGCGUUUAAAAAUAAAAUAAAAUCUUUUUCUGUAUGGAGUGCCAUGACAUUGUAGCAAAAUAAGCAUAGUGAUGUGAUUUUGCUGAAUCUUUAAACAUCAUGAUACUAUUUUUUCAGAUUAUGAUUGUAUUGCUUUAGGAAAGGGUUGAUCCAAGCAGCCUUGUUCUGAUAUAUUUGCCAGCAACCAUGAUCAAUUAUCUUUCCUAUGAUCUGUUGGAUUUAACUGUUCUUUUGCUGUGAUCAACAAACUUUUGAAAUGAGUUCCUGCACUUAAGCUGCUUCUAGGUCCCAGCACUUGGUGGUACAGAUUGUGCUUUUCGUUCCUCAUUUUUCUUAAAAUUUAAUUGACAUGUUAGACUUUGUAUAAAAACUGCUUUCCAGAAAGUGUAUUGACUUCCUUUUUAUGUUCAGUAUAGAAUUGUUUUGGUGUGUACAAAUUCAUCAGAUAUUCCUAAUAAAGCAUUUUUAUGCUUUUCUUCUUGAUAA